AUGCGCAGCUCCCAGGACCAGUACGUCGCCGAGCACGACGGGUUCAAGGUGCUCAGGAUGCCGUACACGGUGCCGGACCCGUACCACGGCAUCCUGUCCAGCGUAAGAGCCCAAAUCGUUCACACCGAGGCGGAGUCAUGGGAUGUGACCCCGCUCCCGUACCCUCAGUUCUCCCUGUGCAUCUUCCUCCCGGAUGCGCGCGACGGCCUCUGGAGCCUCGAGGACAAGGUCCUGUCCGAGAUGGGCUCCAUCCACGAGCAUCUCCUUCUCCCCAGGAAUCGCGUUCGGGUCGGCAGGUUCCAGGUACCCAAGCUCAAGAUGUGCAUGUCCGAUGGCACCAGUAUAAAGCCUGUCCUCCAGGGUCUUGGGAUCAGAGCUCUCUUCUCGGAAGAAGCUGACAUGACGAACAUGCUGGAGCAUGGCGGAACAGGCGAGCCCUUUUUUGUGAAUGACGUAGUGCACAAAGCCAUCUUCCGGGUGGAUGAGGGAGAUCAGAGUAGCGAGGUGACGACGACGGAUUCUGCUGCUCGCGGUGGGUGCCUUCGGCUGGAGCGUCAGCCGGUGGACUUCGUUGCGGAUCAUCCGUUUGCGUUCUUUGUGGUGGAAGAAGUGACUGGUGCGAUCCUUCUCGCAGGGCACGUACUUGAUCCUACACAAGUAAUUUGA